ACUUUCGAUCGAGAGGCCGUACACUCUCCCGACCGUCGACACCAGGGCUAGCAGUCUCCUUCGAGGAUGGACGUCGUGGCGGACAUCGUUGGAGCCGUUCGAGGCCGCAUAUUCGAGGUUUCCUUCGACGAGUACAUCGGGACUGUCAACGGGCUCUUCAACUUCUUGGAGAUCGUGGGCGGCAUGGCGGUGUACUUUAUGGUGGGCACACCGCAGACAAGAUCACAGGGGUGCCUGAGGGGUACUGCGUACACCUUCUUCUUCAAUGGCAUCUUCAUGAUAAUAUCGAGCUUCCUGAGCGCCACCUCUGCCCACUACCUUCCCACCAUAUUCUACUGCGUGGAUGGCGUCGUCGAGGGUGCUCCAUUGCCCGUCUCUGACGACGUGCCGACGUACCACUCCGUUGCGUCCAACAUCAGAGAGUUCAACAUGCCGUCACCCAUGGAGCCUCCGCAGCACCAGGCCGAGGAGGGUGACCAUUCGGCGUUGAUUGACCACUCGGUGUAG